UGCAAUGAAUCUUAGAGAACGAUCUGUAUGCUGUUAUCUUCAUUGUUUGUACUUAAAACUACUUUCUUAUUUACUUAGUAUAUUAGUAAUUGGUAUUUGAAGUUGGUAAGUCAUGCGCAGUGUGGAUCCAAGCGUCUUCCUCAUCAUCGUCUUCCUCAGCCUCAGGUAAAUGAAUGUAAUUCAGAUAAUAAAGAAAAUCACUAAAACUUUUAUUCCUGUACAGUAGCAAUUCUGCCUUUACUAAGCGUGUUCAUUGUAUGCUUUAUAUUUUUUGUCAGGUAUUAUUUUGUAGACUAUUAAGAUUAUUUUCUUAAAAAGGAACUAACAACUUGCAUAAAAACAUCCAUUAAAGACACGUUACAGAUUAUUGGGUUGUGAGAAAUUAACGUGCUAUAUGAAAACAUUGCUGCAUAGUUACUGUACAGAGAAAAUUUUAGCGAUUUUAUUAUCUCGGUUACACAAAUCUACCUGAGGGUGACUUGUGUCCAGCUGAGGAGGAGGAUGUUGCUCUUGCAAACAGUCUCCUUUUAAAGAAUUAAGUCCACUUAUAAGUCAAGUACCGUAUCUUUCUUUUUAAACUCAUGGUGAAGUACACCAUGAUAAACAAUAAAAAUAUUAAAACAGUAAAACAGUACCAAUACAUUCAAAUUACAUUUAUGUUUUUUAAACGCUACAACAAAACAAAUUCAUAAGGUGACAUAAUUAGAGGCCUUUAGAAUGUUUUAUUAAUUUAGUCUGCAUCUUGCAAACAACAAUUUCAUUAUGAAUUUACACACCUACAUAAAACAGGUUAAAGAAAAGCAGAAGAGACUUCUUAAAAUAUAAACAAACAUUAAAGAUAGAAACAAUACAUAAAAUGCCACCACGAUUAUAAUCUAUAAAUUAUAAAUAUGAACUGGAAGCAUAACACUUUAUUGUAUAUCUCCUCAAAACUCACUAGGCAUCUCGUUUUCCUGAUAUCAUUGUAAUUAUAAAUUAUAGACUGCUGUCUUGAUGGCCUCUAAACCCACGUAAAGUUGCAAGUGACUAUGGCUAGCUAUCCUGGGGCAUGUUCAAGCUCAAACCGGUGCGCAAUGUUUGCUACGGUUUCCAGGUUGAACGACAUGUUUUGCAACGUUUUGUUGGGGCUGAACGCAGCCCUGUAUUUGCUCGGCUUGUUGUUACGGCGUGAAAGAGCCUGGAAGCAUGUCCUACUUUUAAGUGCGUUAAAGUUGGCAACCCUGCUCAUAUACUAACAAAAUAAGAAAGUAAUUUAAUUACAAACACUAAAACAAUACAAUACAGAAAACCGCAAGCAGAUUGCUCUCUAAUCCGCUGCACUGUCUUCAGUAUCAACUUCCUGGUCAGGGAGCUGUCAAUCCAAAUCUCACUAACCAAUGAGAGUAAAGUGGCCAUAAUUCCCGCCCACACGUGAGAUUUGUGCCAGAAAGGCGAACAAAAACUUGAGAAGCGUAAAUGAAAACUCGGAAAGUGCAAAUGAAAAAUCUAGCAGCGAAUUCAAAACUAUUAUUUGCAAAAACGAAACUUAGAAAUUUGUUAAAGAGUACAUUCCUCGAGAUCAUAAAAAAUACAUUUCAUGAAGUGUUUAAUUUUGCCGUGUUUGAAUGUAAGCAAUCUGCCAAGUUGUAAAUCCGAAGGUGAACGAAUAACAAAGUUAUUAGCUUAUAAAAAAGGUAAUCGACUCUGAAUCACGCGAACAAGUCAUGACCUGUCCGAAUCUUUAACCACAAUGUACCUACGUCACUAGAAAUAAUCCCCGCCUAGGACUGACUGCGAAAAUUUAACUCUCUCCUCUCCAAACACUGUACUAGCUCGUUCGUGACGUGUGCAUCAUGUCUAAGAGAAGCUGUGUUCUAUGUAGUGAAACUAAGUCAGUCUUAUUUUCACUACCAAAGGAAGAACUUCUGAGGAAAAAAUGGUUACUAUUUAUUUUUCAAACGACACCAAAGGAGUAUAAACCGAACGUUUUACUUUGCGCGCGUCAUUUUACCGAAGAUUGCUUCAUCAAUCUUGGCGCCUUUACUGCAGGAUACAUUAAACGUCUUUCCUUAAAAGAUGUUGCAAUACCAACUUUAUUUGGACCUGUAAGCUCCACCGAAUCACAACCUAGUACAUCACAGCAGACCAUUGUGUCACCACAAGUUUCAAGUCUAUGCAAAACAGCUGAAGUGGGUUGUCAGACUGACUCUCCACAAAAAGUCUUGGCGGUAACUCAAACAGAUGAAUUGUCAAAAACAUCAGUCGGCACACAAUUGUCCAUCGGUACACUAAAACAAACACACACUCGGAGCAAAGCCUCACAGGCAACAGCUUCUUGUGUGAGUGCUUCAUAUGACAUGCCAUUUUCAUCAACACCUGUAAAAGCGACUGAUUACAGAACACACAAAAGACCUCGACUGAUGUUGGAAGAGGAAGAAGAGGAGGAGGAACAGGAUGAAGAAUCAUACACGCAAUUUCAGAUAGACCCUCUUGACUCAACUUUUAACCCAGUAGAAUCUACUGUUACAGAAGAAUCUGAACUGUCGUCUGCGGCUCAAAGUUCCAUAUAUUGUGGCACAAAAUAUAUUGUUUUUGAGUCUUGUCUCCGUGAGCUGUUUGACACGUGUCCAAUUUGCAGAGGGAAAUCGGAUGUACAGCAACAGCGUAUGGGCACAUAUGUGGCAUUCUCUCAGCUUUGCCACAAGUGUACUUACAAUCGGAAAUGGCAGAGCCAGCCUUUGGUCGGAAGUACACCCAUCGGAAAUCUCCUGUUAUCCGCUGCUAUUUAUUUUACAGGAGGAUCAUUCUUCCAUUUUCAAAAAAUUUGCAGGGCCAUGGAGUUACAAGUUUUACACUAUAGUACAUUCCGGAGACAUUGCAGAAACUUCUUGGAGCCAGCAGUUGUGCACAAUUGGAAAAGUGAACAGCAAAACAUUUUACAAAUAUUACAACAGGGGGGAACAAUUGCUGUAGCUGGAGAUAUGCGUGCAGACUCGCCAGGCCACUCAGCAAAAUAUGGAAGCUACUCUAUCAUGCACAUGGAAAGCAAUACUAUUUUGGACCUUCAGCUUGUUCAGAGCAAUUAAGUUGGAGGAAGUUCUCAUAUGGAGAAAGAAGGGCUAAAGAGAUGUUUGGAUCUGCUAGAGAAUAAAGGUUUAUCAGUGGACUACAUAGUCACUGACCGGCACCCACAGAUCCAGAAAUAUCUGAGAGACCGCAGCAUUACUCAAUUUUACGACGUGUGGCACUUUGAAAAAGGUUUGUCAAAGUUGAACACACUGUCCAAAAACAAGGAUUGUGAGUUGUUGAAGAAGUGGCUGCACAGCAUCCGGAACCAUGUUUACUGGUGUGCAACGUCUUCUACGUCAGGACCAGAGAAGGUUGCCAAAUGGACGUCAAUUCUCAAUCACAUACAGAAUUUUCACAUACAUGACAAUUCCAUCUUUCCGAGGUGUGAACAUCCUGUAUGUGUUUCCAAGGCCCCCAAGAAAUGGUUUAAACCAGCAUCAGCAGCUCUCCGCAAGGUUGAAAAAGUCCUUUCCAACAAGAGGGUUCUCAAGUACAUGGAAAAGCUAAGCCACCAUUUCCAAACAUCAUCCCUGGAGGCUUUCCAUAGCUUGAUUCUCCGAUUUACACCCAAAAAUGUGUCUUUUCCUUUCAUGGGAAUGUUGUGCAGACAGUACCUUGCUGUGCUACAUUACAAUGAAAAUGCGAACCGAACACAAGCCACAACAUUGGCAGGACAGCCAAUGUACAGACUUGAGCUGCCAAAAUCCAAAAAAGGAGAAUUCAUAGUACGGCCAAUUAAAACUGAACCAACACACCAUUAUGUCAAAGAACUACUGAAUCUUGUCUUUGAAGAGGUGAUAAUCGACCCCACUCCAUUUGGUGAGGAACUGAAAACCAUUCCUGUUCCCCCUGAACUUUGUGCAGAAUUUGAGAGACCAUCAAAGGAGGAAACAAUUGCCCGCCAUGUUUCCAGAUUUAGUCAAGAGGUGGUCGAAAGCCAACAUAUUGACCAGACUGAUCUGGAAACUCCUGGCGUAUCCGGGCUACAACACAGGAAGGAAUAA